AUGGUUAUGGACUCGCCGGAGCAACGGCGGAAGCGGAAGCGGUUUCUGAAACCCACAAACUUCUCACCUCUCCGCCAUUUUCCUCCUGUAAGAUCUCUCCUUUACUGUUUCGGUUUCUUUGUUUUCUUCUAUCUCCUUUUCCGGCGACACACGUCGGCGUUUCAUCACGUCAUAGCACACUCCAGAUUAUCCUCUUUAUCCGCCUUUCAAAUGGACCCCGUUUCAGUUUUCUCCAAGUUUAACGAGUUACCUCAGUUUAAAAUAGAAGAUAGGGUUUCGUUUCCUGAUCAUGUUCUACUGUUAGUCUCAAAAAGUACAGAUACCGGAACUGAAAUCGGAAAUAGAUUGAAAUGUAUUUACAAAAGUAACAACUCCGAUUCCGAUUCGGAUCUCGAUAACGGUGUUAGAAAGGGUAGAAAUCCAUUGUCGGUGGAGGAGUACAACGAUAAUCGUUUUCUCGUUCGUUGCCCGCUCCCUCCGGUGAACUUCUCAUCUCUAAUCACACUACAACAACAUGGUCUGAUGAUCGAUACAACAGAAGAUAAACCUGUAAAUUCAUGGGAGAAUCUAGCGUAUGAGGCGGUGUUGGACGGAAACACCGCCGUCGUGUUCGUGAAAGGGAUCAGCCAUCGACAGGAUAAGGAAUCCGACCCGAAACAAUUCAGUUGUCAUUUCGGAUUAGGCGAUUGGAAAACCGGUGACAAAUUCAUGCUCACAACCAGAGCUUUAACGGCAGCUCAAGAAGUCGUCCGGUGUAUGUUACCAAGAAGCAUCCUCAUGCACCCGGAGAAAGCUCUAGGCAUACGCGCGACCGUCAGUUUCCGAAUGCCCAGAAUCCAUGGCCGUUCCCACCGGAUUUUUCUCCCUUCUGUCGCCAAAAUCUCAACUUCAAAACCAACCACAACCAUGAAAAAACACGAUCUUUGCGUCUGCACAAUGCUAUGGAAUCAAGCUGAUUCAAUUCGUGAAUGGGUAACCUACCAUUCAUGGCUCGGUGUACAAAAAUGGUUCAUCUACGACAACAACAGUGAUGACAAAAUCAAAGACGUCGUCAAGAAUCUUAACCUCGAGGGCCACAACAUCACCCGACAUAUCUGGCCAUGGAUCAAAACUCAAGAAGCUGGAUUCUCUCAUUGUGCUAUGCGAGCAAGAACAGCCUGCAACUGGGUUUCUUUCAUGGAUAUAGACGAAUUCUAUCACUUCCCACGUUUAACCUCCACCAUAACCCCAUCUCAAGGUUCUCUCCUAACCCUAGUUUCUAAUUUCACUUCAUCUUCUUCAAUCGGAGAAAUCAGAACAUCUUGCCAUAGCUUUGGGCCAUCUGGGUUAACUUCACGACCUAAAAAAGGAGUCACAGUAGGGUACACCUGCAGAUUACAAAGCCCAGAAAGACACAAAUCCAUAAUCCGACCCGAUGCACUUGACUUUACCCUAAUGAAUGUGGUCCACCAUUUUCAUUUGAGGAAAGGGUUUACGUUCGUGGAUGUGGAUCAAAGAGUUGCAGUGAUUAAUCAUUAUAAGUAUCAAGUGUGGGAGGUUUUUAGGGCAAAGUUUUAUAGAAGAGUUGCUACUUAUGUGACGGAUUGGAGGGAAAAUCAUAAUGAAGGGUCGAGAGAUCGAGCACCGGGUUUGGGUACAGAAGCAAUUGAACCGGUUGAUUGGAGAUUGCAAUUUUGUGAGGUUUGGGAUACGGGUUUAAGGGAUUUUGUUUUGGGGAAUUUGGUUGAUGUUUCCACUGGGGUUUUACCAUGGGAUAGAUCUUUGUGA